CGACUGUCAGCGCUGUGUAUCGAACCAGCUGUGCCUUUGAUUUUGAGCGCAUUCUGCGACGCAAAGUAAAUAAAUGUAAUUAAAUGGAAAACGCGUUCAUAAAAAGGCGCACGCUGACGCUCAGCACGCGGCUGCUGCACAAACGCCACAGCGCCUCGCCGCAAAACUGCGGGCGCCCUGGCGGCGGACACGAUGUGUCAAUAGAUGCACCUGGCUCUCCCUCGUCUAUUGUGUGCCCACUAGACGAUGUGGAGUGCACGCCCCCCAACAAGAAGUCGCUGAGUCUCGACGAUAGCGUUGACUUUUCGCCUCGCAUGGACAUCAGCCUGUCGCCCAAUUGCCUCUUCUCGCAGACGCUGGCCACCGAGAGCCCGGAGGUUGGCUGGCGUUGGAACCGCAACAGCCACAAUACCGCCAGCGCGAACGUGAACCCCAAGAAGAUAAACACCACGACAGACAGCGGCUUUGAUUCCGCAGAGCUGGCUGCUGGCAAACUCAAGGACCGCCGCAGGCAGCUGACGAUGAAGGGCUGCGAGGAUCGACGGACUCAGCAGGACAACGAGAUGUGGCGUGCGAAGCAAAUACGAGCACGAGACCUGCUCAAGGAGCGAUGCGACAAGCUGCACCGGCAGCUGGACCAAGUGGCAGUGUCUGAGACGCCCAAGCCGGCGGCAGCGAUGGCAGCUCCACCCGUGGCGGCACGCACUCGAUCUGCCAGCAAGAGACCUGCUCCGGAGCCGGAACCUGCGGCGGAUCCAGCAUUUGCAGACUUUCUCAAUGACUCGGAGACGGACAUGUUCCUGUUGGAGGCCUCGCAGCAGCUGGAGUCGAAGAUGGAGACCCAAGUGACCGGAUUGACAGCGACAACCACCACACCCACCAGCCAUCACAAGACAAAGCGGCCAUCGUUCUACAUGAAGUUUCUGGAGGAUGAGAGCGAGAGCGAGGACUGGCUGUCGGCUCUCGAGGAGGCUGUCGAUCAGGCGACCAAUCCCAAAAAGCCGCGCACCUCGCUGCAGCGCUACAAAUCGAUGCCCACCACUGGCGACUCAUCUGCCGCGAAUAGUUGCGGUGAUGGCAACGAUGGUAAUGGAACUGCCGCAGCCGCCAGCUCAUCGUCAGGUUUGUCCAGCCUGGCGGAGACGCCCCGCAUCAAGCGACAUGCCAGCUCGCACGCGCUGUCCCCAGCCACGUCGCAUGCGUUCCCUGCAGCGCGCGGCAAACUUUUCGGCAGCCGGAAAUGAAACUCGAUACCGAAUCAGCGCUCCACAGGCGCACAUCCCACCAGCCCACCAUCCCACCAGCCUUACGUUCCCCCCACAGCGAGUUCCAAUUGUGAUGAGAGCAAAUGUUAGGUUUUAAGUUUCGCUUUCCCCAACUGUUGACCAUUCAGCGGUACUGCGUGUAUACGAGCUAGAUAAUUGAAUUUGUGCAGCUCUGAAGCUGCUUUUGUAAAUUUGAAUUUAAGGCUAAUGAAGCGUUAAUUGUAAUUGAGAGCGUUACGCGGCCAUUCGCCCAUCGACAGUCGUAAUGUUUACGCGGCCGUUACCGUUACCGUUUCCACAGCGCAUGCGACCGGCCAUAUGCUCGGCAUUAUCGGGGGGUGGUCAGUAGGAUGCCGCCCACCUGGUCAGGUGGCUGUAACUGCUGUAGUUGGCUGCUCGAAAUGCGGAGGAUUCGACUCUCCUAGGGUUUUAAGUUUAAGCCUUCCUUUGAGUAAAAUAAUUGAGAUGUAAGCAAA